AUGAGAGGAAGGUCAUACUAUGCCGUAAUCUCAAUCUUAUGGCUAGUAUGCCUCAGUAUUGUCUCUAUAUCUUAUUACGUGCUGCCACAGGACCCUUUAGGAAAUGAAUAUAAUAGUGGAAAUAAUGAAUACGUCAAUAAUCACAAGUCUAAGCUUUCCAACUACUGUCAGGCUUCAAAGAUUAUUGGCGAUUUAUUUACGGGGAUAAUCAUUGCUUCGUUUUCAUUCAUUAUAAAAUUCAUUUAUCAAUUAAUCUUUGCAGCCACCUCAAGUUUUGUGUCAUCAGCCGGCCUGAUGUCAUCCACUCCUAUUCAAUCACAUUUCUUGACAUUUUAUUAUCCAAUAACGGAAGAAUUGUUGAAACUUGGCUUAGUAUUGUACCACGGCACAAAGGCAUCAUAUCAAUUAACACCUUUUGAUAUAUGCCUCAUCUGGGCUGGGUAUACGCUACCUUCUUUAAGAGUAUACUUGUACAGUCCGGAAAACUAUGUUCAACAUUAUGCCAAAUUUUUGCAGUAUUACAACUUGUGGCUCAACCAGGACGCUUAUCGGAAUAGAUACAGUGUAGAUAAUGACCAGGAAGUAACUGAGUUGUGGAAGACAAUGCUUGUUGAAGGUAAAGUAGAGCCAAAUGCUUUAGCAAGUGCAGGGUCAGGCAAAAAUCAGUCUUUAAGGCACUCGACAUCGAGUGAGGACUCUGGAAACACGAUUAUUAGUAAGAUAGCCAGUAGGAAGUUGAGUUAUAAAGUCUUGCCAUCCGAGUUCAAAACAACUCGACAAACUGAAUUCAAUACAUUGAGCCAAACAGAUGAGUCAGUAAGAUCAUCAGUUGCUGUUAUACCGCCAUGUCCUGUUGAUAUUGCUCCUCCUUCUGCAGCAAGGCGGUUGUCAUUUACAGAAGAUGGCGGUGUCAAAAACUACAAAUCGUGUUCUGAUUUAAUUCAUAGGCUAUACUCAGUGUCCCCUAAAGACACCUACCACUUAAAUACCGCAGUUGCGAUUGCUACUUUUGAGGAUUUCGACGAGAAUCCUCCACCAAAAUCCAUGGAGGGAACUCAUUUCCCUGAUCUAAAGCUAGCGGGACUAGCUAGAGAUCAUAUAUUACCUGAGGUGGAAGAAGUUUAUGAGAAUAUUGAUGAACUGCCGACAGAUGUGGAAUCAUUGAAUGGCCAUUCUAGUGACAACGACGAAACUGAACCACAGUCGCAACAACAAUCACAAAAUAAAUGCAACAGAGUACAUUACACGAAAAGACAAAUACUCAUCAAUCUUAUAAACAGGUUGGCAUGGCUUUUGCCACCGUUUUUACCAAUACAGUCAGAUAUCAAUGGUGCUGGUGUUACUUCUUCAUCUUCUUCAUCUUCUUCAUCUUCUUCAUCAUCUUCUUCUUCAUUCUCCACACCUUUCCCCCCUGACACUGCUAUCCAAGUCAACGAGCGGUACCCUUUACUAAAGAGCAGUCUUUCGCACUAUCGUCUAGGUCAAGAGCAACACGCUGAUCUCGAAAACGGUACACAUCUCAUGCACAAUGUUCAAACAUUCCCCACACAUACGAGCGGGUCCCAUCGGGUUUUCCAUUUCCAAGCGUUUAUGUCUUACUAUUAUGACCUCUCACUUAGUCUGGUGACAUUGGGAUUUAGUCCCGAUGCAUGGUUCAUGAGGUAUGGCCAAUUGAUUGUUGAUGCCUCAUGGGGGUGGGUGCUUCUUGACGAGUUAAAUUACUUGGUUUGGCAAUUGCUUACUUUUAUAAUAUUGGGGUUCUACGUUUUAAAAUGUCCUAGUGAUUUGAACACUGACAUGAUGCCCAUUUCAUCAUGCAUAGGUGUUCUUUUAUCUGUGAUUGUACCCAAGUUGUUUAAACUCAACUUUUUACAUAAUUGCAUGUACGAAUUUGAUAUUAGAUUGGUGAUGAUAUGCGAACUGUUGGUGAAUUUGGGAAUAAUAAUUAUGAUUCUAAUUUGUCUAUUUCUAUUCUAA